UAUAUUUCUCGACGGCACUCAUGUCCAUUUAUUAUUGCUCUUUCCUCUUUCCUCAUGGCUAUAUAGGUCGUAUCUAUGAACAGUCGACAAGCAUCAUUCUCUUCAAUGACAACUUUGCGCCCACGACGCCCAUCAGUCGCAAGUCGGAUAUCCAUAGCUGUCUCCAGUGCGACUGACCUGGGCGAAGGAGGCCCAGCUCCAACCGGAGCAGAACACCAGGUAGAUGAGGAAAUAGAAGAGAUAAAACGAUAUGAGGAUUUCACAACAAUAGAUUGGGUACAAGAUGCUGCCCGAGAACAACUUAGACGCGAAGCGCGACGGCGAGAAAAUGCGAGGUUCUUUACAAGAGGCGGCAGGGCUGGCUGGAGAUAUCAGCUAUGGGAGGCAUACAACGCAGGCCAGGGUUGGAUUGUUGUCACCUUGAUAGGUGCGGCGAUUGGCCUCAAUGCGGCAUUCCUAAACAUCAUCACAGAAUGGUUGUCGGAUAUCAAACUUGGAUAUUGUACUACAGGCUUUUACCUGAACCAGAACUUUUGUUGCUGGGGAGAAGAUAAUGGGUGUCCGCAAUGGCACAGAUGGACUUCGAUGGCCCCCGUCAACUACCUAAUGUAUAUUCUUACAGGAGCGAUAUUUGCUUUCACAUCGGCGACAUUGGUCAAGUCUUUUGCGCCAUACGCCGCCGGAUCUGGGAUCUCGGAGAUUAAAUGCAUUAUCGCUGGGUUCGUCAUGAAAGGCUUCCUGGGCUGGUGGACUCUGCUCAUCAAGUCGAUCGGCCUACCUCUCGCUAUCGCAUCUGGCCUAUCAGUCGGAAAGGAAGGCCCCAGCGUACAUUAUGCUGUGUGCACUGGAAAUGUUAUUUCAAGAUUAUUCGACAAAUACAAGCGCAAUGCCUCCAAGACUCGGGAGAUUCUGAGCGCAUCCUCCGCUGCAGGUGUCGCAGUCGCCUUUGGAAGUCCUAUAGGUGGCGUGUUAUUCUCUUUGGAGGAGAUGUCUCCGCACUUUCCUCUGAAGACUUUGUGGCGUACUUAUUUCUGUUGCCUGGUAGCAACAGCAGUUCUAUCUGCCAUGAACCCUUUCAGAACAGGCCAGCUCGUCAUGUUUCAGGUCAGAUAUGAUCGAUCAUGGCAUUUCUUCGAGGUGAUAUUCUAUAUCAUCAUCGGCAUAUUCGGCGGCUUAUAUGGAGCGUUUGUCAUUAAAUGGAAUCUGAGGGCUCAGGCAUUCCGAAAGAAGUAUCUGUCGAAACAUGGGGUUCUCGAGGCGACGCUGUUGGCAGUAGGUACUGCCAUUAUCUGCUUUCCGAGCAUAUUCUUGAGCAUCGACAUGACUGAGUCCAUGGAAAUCCUCUUCAAAGAAUGCGAAGGCGGCGAAGAUUACCAUGGCCUCUGCGAGAGUAAACAUAGGUGGUCUAUGUUUUUCUCUCUGAUUCUUGCCACUGCCAUCCGCACCAGCCUGGUCAUCAUUUCCUAUGGUUGUAAAGUGCCGGCCGGAAUUUUCGUCCCCUCUAUGGCAAUCGGCGCAUCAUUCGGCCGCGCUGUCGGCAUACUCGUCGAAGCCAUUCAUGAUGCUAAUCCUACCUCCGCAUUUUUCUCCGCCUGUGACCCCGAUCUUCCAUGUAUUACCCCUGGAACCUACGCCUUCCUCGGCUCGGCUGCGGCGCUUUCUGGCAUCAUGCACAUCACCGUCUCGGUGGUGGUCAUUAUGUUCGAGCUUACGGGGGCUCUUACCUACAUUCUACCAACAAUGAUUGUUGUCGGCGUCACCAAGGCUGUUGGCGAAUUAUUCGGAAAGGGCGGCAUCGCCGACCAGAUGAUUUGGUUUAAUGGCUUCCCAUUCCUAAACAACAAAGAAGAGCACAACUUUGGUGUCCCAGUCUCGCAGGUCAUGACGUCUGACCCCGUCACCCUUCCAACGACCGGCUGCACCAUGGCGGACGUCGAGGCCGUCCUUGCCGAUAGAGAGUUCCAAGGCUUCCCUGUUGUCGAGGAGCGGCACGCAAAAAUCCUUGUCGGGUACAUUGGCCGCACCGAGUUGCGGUACGCUGUCGACCGCAUCAAGAAGCACAGCGGGGUACUCCCCACUGCGCGUUGCUACUUUGCAGCGCCUGCCUCCUCUGCCUCCCUCGCCCCUCCGACGCCUUCUACUCCCCUCACGCCGGCCGUGACGAUUGAUGGCUCCAGUUCCUCCGUCGACUUUUCACGGUUCGUCGACCCUACGCCCGUAAGCGUGCACCCACGCCUCCCGCUUGAGACGGUCAUGGAUAUGUUCCGCAAGAUUGGGCCGCGUGUGAUACUUAUUGAGUACCGUGGGAAGUUAGUGGGUCUUGUGACGGUGAAGGACUGCCUCAAGUACCAGUUCAAGGCCGAGGCGAGUGAAACCCCGAGGGUCGAUGAUAGAGGCAUUGUGGAGGGUCAAGAGGAGUGGCUGUGGGGCCUCAUCUUGCGCGGAGCAGCCUGGGCAAGUGAUAAAUUGGCCACAGUAAGUCGCGGGAGGAUCCGACUGAAUAGCGAUGUGAGUAGAAGGGGAAAUGGACAGCGGCGAACGGGGAUAAUGGACGGCACCGAGGAUGUACCAGACGACGGGGUGGAAUUGAACCGUAUAUGAUGACGAGCAUACGCCACAGUAACGUUGGAUAAGCUAACCCCCUUCGAUUACACGAAAUACUAGCUACAGGCACCACGGAGGCCCUUAGAGGGGUGCCAACGAAAUUUAUAUAUGUACAAUCUAUAAGCCCAAGGUAUCGAACGCCAGACACUAUACAACCCAAUCACACACGACUAGCCGACCCUCCUCGACUCAUCAGGAGGCAUCUCCAAAUCCAGGAUAUCCUCGUCGUCCCUCAGCUUAUCGGGCUUCGUGUCCUCGCCAUCCGUCUCCAACUCAAUAUCAUCAGCCAGCAAAGCCUGUCCCUCACCAGCAUCCAAAUAUGUGCCGCUCCCCUCCUCAGAAGUGCGGUGCGCGUCCUCGCCCGCGACAGUGAGCUCCUUCUCCUCGCGG